GCGUAUGCUCAACCCGAUUAUCGGGGAACAUCAAACGUACGGUUUUAAGGGACGGACGAUCAGCUCAAACUUGCAUGUUAUGCGUAUGAUAACUGAAACAGCGAAUGCAUUACAAACGCCGAUAGCCGUACUUCAAGUGGACUUAAAGAAGGCUUUUGAUAAGGUGGCGCAUUCUUUUUUGUUUUCAAUGCUAAAACACUGUGGAGUAGGGGAAAAGCUGCUCGGCUACGUGAAGUUAUGCUACAAGGAUAUCACGACGCGCCUUUUAAUUAACGGGUGCAAAUCAAGGCCCAUUCCAGUGCUCUCUUCGGUGAGGCAAGGUUGUCCAAUGUCCCCUAUACUGUUUGCGCUGUAUCUAGAGCCUUUAUGUAAAGCAAUUUUGAGUGACGUUAGUAUACGGGGAGCAAAUCUAGCCGACUCCUCGGUAAAGCUCUUAGCUUAUGCGGACGAUGUAAGCAUUGUAUGUUCAUCUAGAAGAGAGUUGGUUUCGGCUCUCGCGCACAUCAACAACUUCUGCAGCGUGUCAGGGGCCGAAAUGAAUGUUAAAAAGUCUUCAGGGACUUGGAUGGGGCCGUGGCCAUCUAAGCCGAAAAUAUUCAUAGGUAUUCAAUGGUCCGAUUCGAUGUCUAACUACCUAGGGCUUAGUUUGAACUUAGCGGAUAUCUGUAAAGGAGAAAGUGGUCUGCGGCUAAACGCCGUCAGAGCCAAAGCUGCCGAUUGGCAGGGGAGAAAUAUUCCACUUCUAAGCCGAAGUUUUGUGUGUAACUCCGUGUUUUUUUCAUGCGCAUGGUAUUCGGCGCAAGUAUUACCUUGUCAUAGCAAUCUGGUGCAAAAAAUGCAACGUAUGUGUGCUACCUUUGUAUGGAAUUCAAGUUUUGAAAAAACGCGACGCACUAAUCUUUUCAUCAGCCCUCACAAAGGCGGGCUAGGGCUAAUCAGUAUUGAUACAAAGCUGAAAGUGCAUAGGUUUAUGCUUUUUCGAGACAAGAAAGUCCCGAUGUCUGCGGCUGCCUUUCUGAAGCUUGGAGGGUGUUAUCUUUCUUCAUGGCUCGAUAUCAGCAAUAGUGACGCCGCAGCCAAGAAGGCGCCUGUGUUGCGCUAUUACAAAGAAAUAGCAGAAGCAGUAAAGUUCUUUGAGAGCAGAUUCUCGAAGGACUAUCUAAGCAAAGUUAAAAGGAAACGCCUAUACUGGGACACAAUUGAUCUUGUCAUGCCACUGCCGCUCUAUCGCUCUGGCUUCAGCGAGGCAGACGGAUCCGAUGUUUUCAGACGUCUGCGGAGAUACCCCGUUCGGCAGGGAAUUAAGGACCUUUUUAUUAGGUUCCACAUGGAAGUGUUACCUGUAAAAACAUGGGAGGAAAACAAAGGCUUUCUCAUGCCAUGGGGAACCAACUGUGCUAUCUGUCCUGUUCCGGAGACCCUACAGCAUACUUUUUUGUAUUGUACAAAUGCCGAAAUUUUUUGGGCGCGGCUUCGUGCCGAAGUCGGUAUUGCACUGUACCCAACGUGGCAUUCGUUGAAGUUUCUUGACGUUGGCAACCAAGAACAUAAGCUAUGUUGGGAAAUGCUAGCACUGAUUGGUAUACACGCAAUCUGGAGCUCCCGGACCGAUCACACAUUAGUAAGGGAAGGAGGACAACCCGCAUGGCGGUACCUGAUUCAGGGGAUCAACUACGUGAGCUCCCUAACAAAGGCAACAGAGUUUCCGGAAAGUGACUUUUGGGACAGUCUCAAGUUGCGCUUGAAAUAGCCUAUUGCUUGCAUGCAAAAUCAUGGCUUGGUUUUUUCCUUUACGAUCGUAACUGUAUGUGACCCUGGUGAUGCUU